UCUCCGGUAUUUCUGCAGUUUACUGUUGCGCAGAGCGCAGCAGCUGCAGCGCAGCAGGGAUGACGUUUACGCUGAAGAACUCGGCCUGGAAUCACAGCGCAGACGGAGAGUUCAACGGUCACACUGAGAAGAGGCCAUUGGGAAGACCCAAUACACCAUGGAGGGACUAUGUUUCUUGGCUGCCCAGGGUUUCCUACAGCAAAACUGGAGGUGUCCGGAGAGAGGGAAGUCUGGGAGUCUCUGCUGAGACUGCCGCCCCAUGGACAAGUUGCCGACGAGAUUUUUUACCGCUCAUAUUAACGGAGCUGUGUAUUCUUCUCAAUGCGGGCCCCUGGCUGGUGAGCGGCGAUGCUUCUGCGCUGACUUAUGAAGGCAGGGACCCGAUCAGCGGCAGAGCGGUGCAGUGUGACCGCUGCCCGCCGGGGACCUUUCUGCGCGCCACAUGCUCCUCCGUUAAAAAGAGCGAGUGCUCUCCGUGUCCGCAGGGCUCCUUCACGGAGCUCUGGAACUACAUCGGGAGAUGUUUGCGCUGCGGAGUCUGCGGAAGGAACCAGGUGGUGAAGAAGGCGUGCACCGCAGACAGCGACUGUCAGUGCGAGUGCAAAGAAGGAUACUUCUACGACCAGAGAUAUGAAACCUGCCUUCAACACAAAGAAUGUCCCUCUGGAUCUGGGGUUCUCGCCAAAGGUACACCCGAGAAAGACACAGUGUGCAGUAUCUGCUCUCCUGGCACCUUCUCCAACAUUUCAUCCACUGACCGAAGCUGCGCUCAGCACAGGAACUGCAGCGAAGCAGGGCUGGUGUUGGUACUGAAGGGCUCCACUUGGCAUGAUAAUGUGUGCGCAAACUGCGGAGAGCUCAAAGAUGGGGCAACGUAUCUCAAAGAAAUCAUCCCAGCCUUUUUCAUGCAUCAUCCAAUGAAAAUCCAACGGCUGCGUCGAAUCGUGCAAAGGCUUCCAUCUGAGGAUGGCAAAAAGCAGGGAAGACCUUCGGAGCUCAGCUUCUCAAAACUACACUCACAAAUCAGCAGUUGGGUUUCAUCUGCCACCCCAGAGCAAAUCCGGCAGCUUUCAGCAUUUCUGCUUAAAACCAAGGCCAUCCAUGCUGGCGAAAAACUACAGAGAAAGUUGAAUAGAAUUGUCAGUAAUCUAUCAAUGCAAUGUGAUGGAGGUAGAUAGCUUUGGUGAUAAGAAAUAUCUUCUUGAUGUGUCCAAUGUUUCACAGGCUAUAAACACAUUGGUGUCAUAUUAAA